AGGCUGUUGUCGGAGGCUGCUUUUCUGAACAUUAUUAUGGUACAUUUGUCAGAACUGGAAUAAUUUACCGUCGACAUUUUACGUAAAAUGUGGCUUGUGUUCCACUUAGACCAUGAUAUUUUUACUAAUAUUUAUGCUGAUUCUACACAAGGACGUACAAGCUCUCCAGGUGAUUGGAGGAAACAUAACCGUGGUGCAAGGAUCCACAGCCUUCUUUCCCUGCAUCCUCAAGGAUACAACAGAGAAGCUCAAUCAGAUUUCUUGGCAAAAGAAGACCAAAAAAAACCCAGAGAAAAUUUUCUUCAGCAUCCUACCAGAGGGACCAGAGCAUCAAAAUGGACAGGAUCUGAGGUUUACUUUUGCUGGGAAUUUUAAUGAAAAGAAUGGAUCACUUCGUCUUUCCAAUGUCACUCUUACGGAUCAAGGAACCUACACGUGUAUUUUCACGUUAUUUCCCAGCGGAAAUCACCAGACAGAGAUGCCUCUCAACGUGCUCGUGCUGCCAGUCGUAAGUGUGAAAAGUGAUAUACCUACUUUGGGUGACAAAGAAGUUUCUCUUGCCACUUGUACGGCAUCUGGUUCACUGCCUCCUGCACAAGUGAACUGGGUUUUUGGGAAUCUGAAUCUGAAGAUCACAACCAACUCCAGUGUGAACGGUGAUGGUACGACGACCACGGUCAGCACGUUGUGGGGAGUACCUACGAUAGAGCUCGACCAUCGUUCUGUCCAGUGUGUUGUCACCAGUGAAGCCCUUUCAACACAGAAGAGCCAACCCUUCACCAUUCAAAUACACUUUCCUCCAACUGAGGUGAAUGUUCAGGAAAAAUCGAGUGUAUUUGAGUGUAUAUCGAAUGGCAAUCCAGAGGUACAGUACACCUGGAACAGGGUUGAUGAAGUCUCUGCAGGUUCAGCAUGACAGGUGUGCUGAUUUUUAUCUCUUUGAAUACCCAACACCUCAUUCUCAAAUAAGGAGCUUAAAUAUACCAAGGUAACAGCUGUUUUAGUGUUGGUUAGGCAGGAGAUGCAGUCCACUGUACCAUUUCACACAAAACCAGAUGUUACUUCACCAUCUUUACCACAAACUAUGACUUGCUUGACUUGUAAAUCAUCAUCAUUUGUAUAAAUGGUGACAUAAUUCAAGUGGAAGUAUUUGUUUCUUACCAUUGACUGCUAUUCA